CACAAAGUCUACCACUUGCUCCAACUCUUCUCUUCAACUUUACACAAUCAAAACAAUCAACCACACGUCUAUAGCACUAUUUGCUCUUCUCACUUUAUAAGCAGAGAUCAAUCACUCUUGACGUUAGUAGAAAGAUAUGGUUUCUGAAUCUGUUUCGAAGAUGGAAUCACCACCGUUGAUUGGACCACGUAUCUCAUUCUCAGCUGAUUUAUCCGACGGUGGAGAUUUCAUCUGCAUCACUCCCGUGAUGUGCAAGGAGCUAGAGAAAGGGUCAGUGAAAGUCUCCGACUUUGAGUUCUUGUCGGAGAAUGUGAGUCCACAGAGGAUGCAUACCGCCGACGAGCUCUUCUCCGAAGGAAAGUUACUUCCUUUCUGGCAAGCAAAGCACUCAGAGAAGCUUAAAAACCUUAACUUGAAGACUAAAGAAGAAGAGGAAAAACAGAGUGGUAAUGUUGAAGUUGUGACGAUGAUGAAGAGUAGAGAUCAGGAGAGUAACAGAGUGAGUUGGUUUAUAGACGAGGAUCCAUCUCCUCGUCCUCCUAAAUGCACAGUUCUUUGGAAAGAGCUUUUGAGGUUGAAGAAACAGAGGAACUCCUCUGCUUCUUCGACGACGAGGACGGUUUCUUCGUUGUCUCCGUCUUCUUCCACGUCAUCGUCGAGCUCGCUUGAGGAUGCGGCGGGGAAGAGAGAGGAGAGAGAGAAGGAAGGGAAGAGAGGUGGUAAGAAAGGGUUGGAGAGGACGAGAUCAGCGAGUAUGAGGAUAAGGCCGAUGAUUCAUGUCCCUAUUUGCACUCCUUCUAAAUCCUCUGUUCCAUUGCCUCCUCUGUUUCCGCUUUCUCUUAAGAAAAACAGAGCAGAGAAACGCACUUGAAACAAAAAAGAAGUUGGAAUCUAUCUUUUGAUAUGAGUGAUUAGUGGUUGAUUUGUCAUGUGGUCUGUAACUCUAAUGCAUGUGAUUAUUCAGAUGUAUUUUUGUGUGAAAGAUCUGUCAUCUGUUCUUAAUUUCUGAUUUCAUCUGUUCUUUUCAAAAAGUAUGUCAUUAUCAACAGAUGAAAAUGUGAUUUAGAUGUGUUUGUAUGUUGAGAUGUGAAAUGUUGGGAGACAAAAGAGUAAAUGUCAAAAAAAAAAAAAUGAUGAGAUUAGAAAGAGCAGAGUUUUCUGUUUGUUAGUUAAUGAUGAGAAAGUGAAUGAUGAAAAGAGUGAUGGGCACAUGCAAG